GGUGCAGCCGAUGCUAGCGCAACGCAGGAAGCCGCCGCCGCCGCUUAUGUGGCGCAGCAGAAACACAAACCAACGCAAACAACAAGUAGCAGCAGCGCCACCACUGGCUAUCUACAACUCGACAACGACCGCAUUGGUUGCGACAUUUGGCAGGACAAUGUGCGCAUUCGCCGCCGACUCGCCAUCAUGUCCGAGGGACAAAUCACAUGCCCCGCGCAUAUUGUCACCAUCGUCUGCGCCAUUUUCACACUGCUGCUCGUGCUAGCCAUCGGUGCCAGCAUCGUGUUCUAUUUGCGCUUUGUCAAGCGACGCCGAAAGCUCUUGCACGACCGCUCACUCACACGUUCCGGCAAAUCAAUUGUGAACGUACACGAUCGCAUAUUGCAACAUCAGCCGUUGAGCGCUGGCGGCGCGCUGGGCAUGGGUGUGGGUGGACUCACUUAUCCACAUCAUACGUUGCAACAGCAGGGUGGCACACAUCAUGCCAUGCUGCCGCUGCACCCGCACGAAUAUCAGCAAACGCUGCCAACACAAGUGGAUAAGCUUGAGCUGGAACGGUACCUGGCGGCGCAGGCGAUCGCCAAUGAGUAUCGUGCCUUGAAGCCGUGGGAAGUGCCGCCGGUGAAGGAUGCGAAUGCGUACAGCGAUGAGCCGGAGCAUUUGUACGAAAAGUUUGACCACUACGAUUAUCCGGACAUGCAGACGUUGGGCAAGUCGAAGCAAGCGGUACAGCUGAUGUCCAGCAAUGAAGAGGGAAAUGCCAGCAGCGGCAAUGGCGUAGUGCUGAUGGGUAAAGGCAGUGGUGGCGGCACGGCGGCCAAGCCACAUGUAGUCUAUGUAUGACUCCCGGGUGGGCAAGUGGGUGUGGGUGCUAAGGGCAGUGCAGGUAAGGAGGACGGAGGCUUGGUAGGCGUGAGUGUGGAUGCCGAAGGUGAGCUGCGCUACUGCCUCAACAACAACUACAGUAGUUAUGUGAAAUUAGUUUAGAAAGUGGCGAGCGGAAAAUUAGUAUACAAGAAUAGAAAACAAGAAGCAGCAAGCGACAAAACGGCAGUCAAAAAUAAUAAAAUGGAAUCCAAUAGCGAAGGUGAAGCACGUAUAGUAUGAUAGUCAACGCUAAAGCGUUACAGAACUAAUUUACGAGUAAGUGCGGCGAAAGAAGGCGCAUGCGUCGCAAUAAAUGUAAAACAAAAAAAAAA